GGCACAAGAGACAGCGAAAGAGGAGCCGCGUUCUAAGCUUCCUUUCACGACGGUUACGCUGAGGGCGGGGGAUCGUUGGCGUGGUGGUCGCGGUUGUAGUCCCGGUUGUCUGAGAGGAGGCCAAGGAGGGUGUGAACAUGAGCAUGGCAGAAGGGGACACCCUGAUAUCAGUGGAUUAUGAAAUUUUUGGGAAGGUGCAAGGGGUGUUUUUCCGCAAGUACACUCAGGCUGAGGGUAAAAAGCUGGGAUUGGUAGGCUGGGUCCAGAACACUGACCAGGGCACAGUGCAAGGACAAUUACAAGGUCCCAUCUCCAAAGUGCGUCAUAUGCAGGAAUGGCUUGAGACAAGAGGAAGUCCCAAUUCACGCAUCGACAGAGCAAACUUCAAAAAUGAGAAAGUCAUCUUAAAGUUGGAUUAUUCAGAUUUCCAAAUUGUGAAAUAAUGGUAUGAAUUUAAAUUUUCCAAGAUAAACUCAAUGGUUUUGUUCUUUUAUUGUUAAUUGGGAUUAAACUAUUUUGUGUUUACUAUUAGGAUUUGUCAAGUUAUUUUAGGAGCAGAUAUUUGAAUGUUACUGUAUAUUAUGUGUGUAUAGGAGGAUUAUAUCAUACACAAUUCUAGUCAAUAAAAACACUUUAGAACCUUC